ACUCAGCUCCGUGAGGCUUCCGGGAGAGGGGAAAGGCUGUUCUCCUCCUUUGAUGCUCUUUGGUUUUACAGUGGAAAACUACAAUUUAAAAAACAUAGCCAUGAAAAUAAAUGAGAUUAGAACCUGCCGGCUUCACUUCCUGGAGGCUUUUUGUUGUCUUGAAACUAGGAUCUUUGCGGGUCAUCCCUUUUCUGGAGUGCAGUCAAUCAUAGCUCACUGCAGCGUCAACCUCCUGGGCUCAGUGAUCUUCCCAGUCCCGCCUCCUGAGUAGCUAGGAUUACAGGCUUUGAUCAAAAUCAACCAUUCCUUUCCAAAAUUCAGAAGCUUCCACAACAAGAACAUGAACUGGAUUAAUAGAAAUUCCUCAGGAAAAAAAAUUCAAACACCAAGGAUCUCACUUUGUGCUGUGAAAUACAAGGUGAGCAAUCUGAUCUGGAUAUAAUAUCAGUCUUCAGUCAGGCAGCAGGUGAAUAUGCAGGUAGAAUUAUAAUGUGUAAGGCCGGGCGCAGUAGAGCACUUUGGAAGACCAACGCAGACGGAUCACUUGAGGUCAGGAGUUCAAGACUAGCCAGGCCAACAUGGUGAAACCUCGUCUCUGCUAAAAAUACAAAAAAAGUUAGCUGGACAUGGUGGCACGUGCCUGUAAUCCCAGCCACUUGGGAGGCCCAGGCAAGAGAAUGGCUUGAACCCAGGAGGCAGAGGUUGCAGUGAGCCGAGAGGGCGCCACUGCAAUCCAGCCGGGGCAACAGAGCGAGACUCUGGCUCUAGAAAAAAAAAAAAAAGCUUUAUAAUGUGUAGGAUUGUGGAUGAUCACUCUAAUCAACCAGUGGGCAAGUUGCUUUGCUCAGCGUAAGUUCAAACUGCCACAUCAGAACGUUAUUUGAGUGUAUACAUAUGCAACCAUUAAAAGUGGCCGUUACCACGAUGCAUUCUGGGAAAGGAGCAGCACCAAAUCCAAGAUGGCGGCCAGCAGGAGGCUGAUGAAGGAGCUUGAAGAAAUCCGCAAAUGUGGAAUGGAAAACUUCCGUAACAUCCAGGUUGAUGAAGCUAAUUUAUUGACUUGGCAAGGGCUUAUUGUUCCUGACAACCCUCCGUAUAAUAAGGGGGCCUUCAGAAUCGAAAUCAACUUUCCAGCAGAGUACCCAUUCAAACCACCGAGGAUUACAUUUAAAACAAAGAUCUAUCACCCGAACAUCGACGAAAAGGGGCAAGUCUGUCUGCCAGUAAUUAGUGCUGAAAACUGGAAGCCAGCAACCAAAACCGACCAAGUAAUCCAGUCCCUCAUAGCACUGGUGAAUGACCCGCAGCCCGAGCACCCGCUUCGGGCUGACCUAGCUGAAGAAUACUCUAAAGACCGUAAAAAAUUCUGUAAGAAUGCUGAAGAGUUUACAAAGAAAUAUGGGGAAAAGCGACCUGUGGACUAAAAUCUGCCACGAUUGGUUCCAGCAAGUGUGAGCAGAGACCCCCGUAGUACAUUCAGACACCGCGCAAAGAAGGACUCUGGAAAUUAACAUGCCACUGCCUGGCGUUCGCUUGCAGCAGUUACUGACUUUCUACAGUUUUCUUAAUUAAAAGUGGUCUAAGUAAGCUGUAAAGAAAGGAUUAAAAAUUUAAGAUGUUCUAAAAAAAAAAAAAAAAAAGUGGCCAUUAAUAGACGGAACUAUACAUUGGACUAGUUGAUGUUUUAAAAGCAUAAAAUCUGGCUGCCCUAACAGGAUAAGCAGACAGCAGGAUGUUGACACAGGGUCCUACCAGAACCCAGGGUUUACUUAGAGAACAUAAAAGAGAUUGUAUGCUGUAUUCAUUGCUUUUUUUUUUUUGGUGGAUGUAGAUAGGAAAUGGGAUGAGAGUGGCCACAGGAAUUCGUAUUGGUCGUGGGAAAUCCAUUUUUGUUUUAUUUGAUGUUUCCUGUUGAACUGACGUUUAGAUUGAAAUACCUGCGAGCCGGGUUCGGUGGCUCACACCUGUAAUCCCAUCACUUUGGGAAGCUGAGGUGGGUGGAUCACCUGAGGUCAGGAGUUUGAGACCAGCCUGGCCAAUGUGGUGAAACCCCAUCUCUACUAAAAAUAAUAUAAAUAGAUAAAUAAAUAAAAUGAGUCGGGUGUGGUGGCAGGCUCCUGUAAUCCCAGCUACUCAGGAGGCUGAGGCAGGAGAAUCAUUUGAACCCUGGAGGCAAGAGGCUGCAGUGAGCCCAGAUAUCGCCAUUGCACUCCAGCCUGGGCAACAAGAGCAAAACUGUCUCUCCACCCCAUCCCAAGAAAACUGACUGAAAUGCCUGGAAUGCACACCAUAAUUGGGGUGUCUUUAGGCUGAAAUGGAGACAACAGAAAGUGAGGUGGCUUGGAGGGAUUCAGAUGGCAUUGUAAAGGAAAUGAAACAAACGCAAAUUGCAGACAAAAAAGUAACUUUGCCACGUCUCAUUUUGGCUGGGCUGCUCUGAAGUGCUGCAUCUUUUGUGGUGUCUAGGCUCUCAUCCUUAAUGACAUUUUCAUCUUCUCCAUCUUCUCCACCCAACCACCACCUCUCCAGUAAGGCCUUUUUGACAAGCUGCACUUCCCUGCUUUAGUAAUUGGUGAUAAGAUUUGUCCUGUAGAACAUAUACAUAGAGGAUUGUUCACUGUCCUCCUUUUAUGAAAUAAUUUUUAGAAAUUGAGCUGUUAAAGGUUGUGUUUGAACACAUUUUUUUGGAACAAGAACUUUAAUUAAAGGAUCAAAAAACCCAA